AUGCGCCACCUUGCUGUCCGCGGUUUUGCUGCGACCGCCGCCUCGCGCGCAGCGACCGUGAAGCCUCCGAACCCCAAGUCGUUCAAGAUUUACCGCUGGAACCCGGACACCCCCACUGAAGAGCCCCGGAUGCAGGAGUACAAGCUCGACUUGAGUCAGACCGGCCCAAUGGUUCUCGAUGCCCUGAUCAAGAUCAAAAACGAGGUUGACCCGACGCUCACCUUCCGCCGGUCAUGCCGCGAAGGCAUCUGCGGUUCAUGCGCGAUGAACAUUGACGGAAAGAACACCCUCGCUUGCAUUACCCAUAUCACCAAGGAUGCGCCGAAUAAGGAGAUGACCAUCUACCCGCUACCCCACAUGUUUGUGGUCAAGGACCUGGUCCCCGACAUGAACUACUUCUACAAGCAGUACGCGUCUAUCCAGCCCUGGCUGCAGCGCACUGAGGUUACUGAUGUUAACAAGGAGAUUCUGCAGUCGCCUGAGGACCGCAAGAAGCUCGAUGGCCUGUACGAGUGCAUUCUGUGCGCUUGCUGCUCGACCUCCUGCCCCUCAUACUGGUGGAACCAGGAUGUGUAUCUGGGCCCGGCUGUGCUUCUCCAGUCCUACCGCUGGAUGGCUGACUCGCGCGACCAGCAGCUCUCGCAGCGUCUUUCGAAGAUGGAGAACGCGUUCAGCGUGUACCGCUGCCACACCAUUAUGAACUGCACCAGGACCUGCCCCAAGCACCUGAACCCUGGCUAUGCCAUCUCCCAGAUCAAGCUGCUGCUGGCCAAGAACUAG